AUGUCUCCUGACCCACCUGGACUCACCGUCCGCACCGUAACCGUCUUCCUCACUGAGCACGACUGCCACCCCACCCGCUUUCACGACCGCGUCUCCGCCGCUUGUGCCCUCGCCAACGACCUCCGCAAAGAUCUCACCGACUCUGACAUCCCUGUCCAAACCAUCCGCAUCUCGCUCCCCUCCCCUGCGGUCUUUCUCAACCCCUCCGCUGCUCUCGUCUCCGCCAAAGCCCUCGACACCUCCCCGAUCGACUUCGUUUCCCUCGGAACCCUUCUCCCCGGCGCACCUCCCGCCUUCCUCACCCCUUCCUUUUUCUCUUCCGUCCUCGCUGCUACCUCCAAAGUCUCCCUCACCCUCACCACCACCCUCCCAAAUGGUGUCCCGUCCCCGACCGCCGUAUCCCUCGCUGCACAUGUCAUCCGCCGUCUCGCCUCCAUCCACCCCUCUGGCAUUACCAAUUUUCGCUUCGCCGCCCUGGCUAACGUCCGUCCGGACGGGCCCUUCUUCCCUGCUUCCUUCUCCUCAUCUAGCAACUCCAGCGCCCCUAAUUUUCGCGUCGCCCUCGGUAUCCAAGCCGCCACCCUGCUGCAUCAGCAACCUCUGCAACGCCUCACCGCCCGCAUCGAAACCGCCGCCACCGGACUGCGACAAGCUUGCAAGCGCGUCCCGGAUGUGACCUUCGACUUUUCUACCGCCCCCUUGCCCGGUUGGGAGACUAGUGCCGCAGCCGCUAUCGCACGCUUCGCGGGAGGGAACCGAGACUCUUUCGGGGUGUCUGGGACACUUACCGCCGCGGCUAGUGUCGCCACCGCUAUUGAUAGGGCCGUGUUCCCAAAGGCGGGGUUCUGCGGUCUCAUGCUCGCCGUGGCAGAAGAUAAUGGUUUGGCCAUAUGCAGGGAGAAGCUCAGCCUCAGUACUCUCUUGAUGACGUCGGCCGUAUGCGGCACGGGGCUCGAUGUAAGUUAUUCUGCGCUGCGAAAUCAUGAAAUUGUUUGUUCUAGGUAGUUAUACAGUAUGUAGCGUGCUAACACCUUCCGAAUAUCGUAGACAAUUCCGCUGCCUGGUGAUACGCCUGUCGAGGUUUUGAAAGCUAUCGUGGGAGAUGUGACAGCGCUUUCGGCGAGGUUGGGAGGAAAGCAGCUGACGGUUAGGCUACUCUUAGUGCCCGGAAAAAAGGCCGGGCAACUGACAGAGUUUGACUCCCCUUAUAUUGUCAACGGGCCAGUUUUAGAUGUCGAAUUUGCUCGCACAGCAGUAGCUGGCGAUGACUCGCUAUGCAUUGAACCGAUACUGUCCCUGAGAUGAAUGGGAAAUGCUCGAUGUUGACCCCUUUAUAGUCAAACGCGGGUGUUUUUGUGUCGGGACUGCUUGUAGGUGGGGCGGGGGUGAUCUGUGCAAAGUAUGGCAAGGGAAGUAUCAUCGUUGUGGUUUACAUCAAAUAUUUUGGCAGUCUCCUGUUCUGGAAGCCGGACCAACGCUGCUCGUAUACGGUAAAAUUGCGAGUGCAUUCCGGCUUUUUUUU